AGGGAUAUCAGAUAUCAGAGUUCUAUUUAUCUCCCUACCUGGACUGGACUGGGGGGGGGGGGGCUGUUUAGACAAUUCCAGACGCGCGCAGGUACUGUCAGGAAACAUGCCUCUUUCUGAGAGUAAAAUCCUUAAACCUUUCUGCAGCAGGAAACUAUGCAGAAAUCUUUUUGGACCAGUUGAUCAUGAACAGCUCCAGAAGGACUUUCAGUCCUUGAUGAAGGUCCAGCUGGAAGAAGCCCAGCAAAAGUGGAACUUUGACUUUGAAACAGAAACCCCACUGGAAGGGAAUUACAAAUGGGAAAAGGUAUCUCAUUUAAAUAUGCUGCCAUCUCCGGCUCUCUUGGGUCACACAAAGGAGAACAGCUGUACAGGGGAAAAGAGCCUAAGUCCUCCAGCACUCUUCAAGAGGCACACAAAGACAGAGAGACCAGCGCAGGUGGGCCUUGACGCUUGUAAGGCUGAUUCCCCCAGAUGUUUGAAAAUAAAGCAGACAAGUAUCAAAGACUUUUAUGGUUCAAAGCGAAGAACUGUCCCAUAUAAGCCAAAGCCAUAAUAACAACACUGCAAGCAUCCGUGUCUGUUGUCUGAAGAUCUUGACCUGCCUUUAUUAUUAGCUGGAAUGACCUACUUGGGUCCCACACCCAGUGAACUCAUGCAGGAUGGCUAUUUUGAAGGACCAGCUAUUCAGCAUUACAGUUCCUUCUCUGAAGAGCCAGAGAUCUCUUAUUUUAUGUAUUUUAUGUUAUGUUUUAGUGGACUAGUGCAACACUUCAGAAGGAUAUAAUUUUUUUUAUCAUUGAUAGCACUGGAGCCUUAUGUGCAAUGAAAGAUUGUAAAAUCUUACCUUAAAUAUGCUUGUUGCAGCAGGAGAAAUCAUAUCUAAAGGGCCAAGUCUAUAGGGGGCCAGUGUUGAUGGAUACAAGAAAGGGCCAACCUAAGUUCUGCUAGCUGCAGCAGUCUGUUUUAUGUGUCAUUUACUUGUCACCGUUUAUGGGCCUCAGGAAAAGCUUGAUAUGAUGACUCACUAUAUGCGGGUGCGGGUCUAGGAAACAAUAGAAUUAUAGGAUAAUAUCUUAAACAUUGAUCUUCCUGCAACUUUUUACUUUAUUAUGUUUAAACAUAUUGUGAGGGGGAAAAGAAUGGAUUGGGGUUUUUUUUCAGGCUGGUCAGGGAUUUUUUUUAAAGAUGAAGAAUCUAUGGUUAUGGUGGGUACAAGUGUGCAUUAAACCGUAGCACUUACUGCUGUGAAGAGGGUAGGGUCAGAAAUAUUGUAAAUAUUGUAGCCUUUUAUCAGUUAUUUUUCUGGGUAAUUUAUAUGUUCUUUUGUUAUAUAACUGUACAGGAAUACAUGAUACAAUUGUCUCCCAAAAAUACAAAAGACAGAAGAUGCAACACAUAAUAUUUGUGGGAAGGACAAGUAUAAUCAUAAAAUCUAGCAUGUUUCACUACUGUCUUACGAACUUCUUCUAUACAGUAUGUUCUUUGCCACCUUAAUUAGUAUUGAAUCUUCUUAAAUACAGAUCAUCCGUUUGCAAUUAUGUAGCAUUAUAGUGAUUAGUGAGGGAAAAUAGUGUGUGCCAGCAAGGGGUGAUGCAGUAUAAUUUUUGACUUUCUGUUGCCUUACUUCACUUGCACAGCAACUUAGUGAUAGAAGCUGAUAUAUGGACUUGGCCCAGACUUGCUUUCUCUAAUUCCUAUAGCUCCCUUUGUUCUCCAAGUGACUUUAAAUAAGAAGCAUUGCCAAACUGGCAACUGUAUCUUAAUAUGAGAUAAUCUAAUUUACAGAUUACUUUUGCUUGGAAUUUGGGGCUAUUAUAAAUACUUGCUGUUGCACUUUCCUAUCAAAUAUCCAAACCUUAAUCCUGAAUACAGUGUGCUAUUAUAAUCAAAAGUUCAGGCCUUCUUGUAUUAUAAUCAAAACUUUGGAACCCAUUUUAAUGGCAAAUUUCCUUGCAUUGAUGCAAUGGCUUUAUUGCCAUCUUGUUGUAAUACGUUAGGGACAUGGGUCUCUUGUCAGAAUUUUGUUACCAUAGUGCAACAUGUGUUGUUUUUAGGAAAUUCUUUUAUCAGAUCACCUGCAGCCUGCAAACAUUCAGUUCUAACCAUGAAAGAGAAGCUUGCUUGCUUGCUUGAGUUUGGAGGUUCAUGUUGGUUCAUACCAUCUGCACAAAGGCCAACCUAUGAGAAAAACAGCUUCAGGCACUUUUUAUAUAAUAAAUUUCCUUAGGGUCUUCUGAAGAUUUUGGUUAGAAUUUCUAUAGUCACAUCUGGCCACUUUGACAGUUGCACUUUUACAUUCAGGAUAAUGCUGGGAUUCUUGAGCAUUAAUCCAGUUGUGAAUAUAAUGCUGCUGAACUGACUUAAGUCUGGGAGUAAAAUAAAGCCACUUCAUAAUGGAACA